AUGGCGGUCUCCGACGACGUCCUCCGCGAGAUCCUGGUCCGAUUGAACGACGCGGCCGACCUCUUCCGCUGCGCCACCACGUGCAAGCGAUGGUGCGGCCUUGUCGCCGAUCCAUCCUUCCUACGUCUCCGGUGGCCGGAGCACGCCCGCCCAUCCUUCGCUGGAUUGUUCAUCAAGGACCGGGGCCGUUAUCAAGGGGCCAAGGUGCUGGUCCCGAUGCCGUCGUCGGAGCUGGGCCCUCGGCGCCGUGCCCUCAGCUCCUUCGUGCCCGGUGACUCCGCAGACCUAUUACACCAUGCGGUGCCGCUGUGCUCAAGUCGUGGUCUCCUUCUCGUGCGGCUCGCCUCCCAGAGUGCCGCGGGCCGUAGCGGCUACGCCAUCGUGACUGGCACGGACUAUUGUUCCGGCGACGACGAGCAACCACCGGGAAAUUCGUCCUUCUUCAAAGUGAUAAUCAUCACCGUCAACUACACGGACAAUCUGACGUUCCAUGUUAACAUGUUCUCCUCCCAUGAAGCGAGUUGGGGUAUGGGCACAGUGUGCUUCAAGGGUACCAUACAUGCCACCGGGUCAUUUUGUCAUAGCGAUGCAGUUAUGCGCCACGGAACCGCGCACUGGUUAUUUCGUGAUGGGAGAGCACGGAAUUUCUGUCUUCUUAAACUGAAGAACCAGGACGACCAUGUCUCCCUCGCGAUCACGAGGCUCCCUGUCUCGUUGAUGACUGGAGUAGGUUACCCGUGCCUUAGCUUAGCCACUGAUGGCACGCUCUCGGUGCUACAGAUGAAAGAGACAAGUUCCCAGCUAGAGAUAUGGAAACUACAAAAGGACCAACAGAGUGCGGAUACUACCUCAGAAUGGCUCUUCACACAGAGGAUCGAGCUAAUGCAUCCUAGGAAGGACACUCAAGGAGGAGAAAGAUUCUACAUACUCGCAGAGAAGUGUGGCAAAUUGCUUGUCAAGGACACGCGCGAACGUGUGUACACCGGUGACCUUCAGACUGGGGCAAUGGAGGAGGUGGUAGACUGGCCUCGCACACGCCACACCAGCACUCCGAAUGUCAUGCCCUUGGAGUUGGAUUGGGCGGCCUUCUUUGUUUCUCGUCUCGGUACCAUUAGCAACUCCGACAUUCCUGUGUCAUCUCCAAGUGGAGAGGGAAGUUCAAGAAAAAGAGGGCAAUGCGGCGGAGGAGGCGGCGGAAAGACUCGUGACUGCGGCGAGGUGACAGAUGGAUGA